AUGACCACGGAGACUUUUGCAGAGUUCCUGAAUAAGCUCAAGGAAAUCCAUGAGAAAGAGGUCCAAGGUCUGCAAAGCAAGCUGACGGAGCUGACGACGGAGAAGUGCUGUGAUGCUCAGAGAAUUGAAGAGUUGUUUGCUAAAAAUCACCAAUUAAGAGAACAACAGAAAGUCCUUAAAGAAAAUGUGAAGGUGUUAGAAAACAGGCUGCGAGCGGGUCUCUGCGACAGAUGCAUGGUCACCCAGGAGCUGGCAAAAAAGAAGCAGAAUGAGUAUGAGACCUCCCAUUUCCAGAGCCUGCAGCACAUCUUCGUCCUCACUAAUGAGACGAACCGCCUGAGGGAAGAGAACAAAACUCUCAAGGAAGAACUGAAGAGGCUCCAGAACCUGGAUGACAGGACAAAGCACCCAGGAGUCACCUCCAGAGAAAGCAGCUCCAAGCCCAGCUCCCCCUUGGCUUUACUGUCUCCAGCAAACAGGAAUGCCAACACGGAGAAAGCAGCUCACAGGGGAGCAGAAGCAGCCCACCCUGAUGUGCCAGACCUCGAGCUCGGAGAAGAAAAGCCUGCAGGACAGAGCAGGUCUCCAAGCAGUAGGACUUCUCCAAGCACUGUCCUCCAAGAAGUCAGCCUUGCAGAAAUGGUGUCCCAGAGGAUCUCCAACCAGCUGCAUGGAACCAUUGCCCUGGUGAGACCCGGCUCCAAACCCUGCCUCCUGGAGAAGAGUCCUUCGAGGGCACCAGCGUCCCCACCAGCAAGGAAGACUCCUCUCCCAAUGCCAGAGCGGGAGCACAGCCCCAGCCUUGAGGGUUAUUUAACAGCCACCAAACCCAACUCCCCCAAGGUUGCUCCAUCCUAUGAAAACCUAAAACUGACUGCCCGGAGAGAGCAGCUCUGUCUUCUCCAGAAGCACCUUUCCCUGCACCAGCUGGGGCUGCCAAGCAGCUGUCCGUGCCAGCCAGGCCGGCGGGCGGACGGAGACGUGGAGCCCGUGCCCAAGGAGCGGCCCCUUUCCCCAUGGCUGAGCGUCACGCCGGGAUGCAAGGAGGAAAGGUCCUUCCUGGAGGAUGCCAUGGAUGGGAAGGAAGAGAAGGAGCUUUGGCUGAGCAGAGACGGCUCCGAACUCCGAGAAAAGGCAGAGGCGGUGAGGGACGAUGGUGGAGAUGCGCCGCUGGAUCUGUCGGACUCCAGCCGUGGCAGGGAGACGGGCUGGAGACACGGGGCAGAACAGGACAACUUGCGCUUCCCCUACCACCAGCCCAACGCUGCCCAGGCACUGCCUGGUGCUGUCAAGGAGGAAGAGGAGGAGGAGGAUGAAGCUGUGCUUGCACUCUCACGGGCACAUCCGACCAACAAGUCCGUGCCAAGCGACCCACGGACCCUUCCAGAGAGCAGGGCAAGGCUGGCUGUCGCUGCACAGAAGGAAGAACCAGAUGAUGAUGACGCUGAGUCUGGGAAGCAGGAAUCUGAUGAGCCAGACACGACGGACAGCGAGGGGGCUGCCCCGUGUGAAGACGAUAUCCUACAAGAAGCCCAGGCUGACGGGAGAUAUUUCUGCACCAAAGACAAAGCUCAUGCGCUGCAAAAGAAGAGAAAAAGAGGACAGGAUCCCUGGACAAAAGGAGCUAAGAAGUCAAUGAGAGGAAGAAAGAAAGCCAAAGCAGAGCAGUGCCCAGCAGGGAUCACAAAGGAACUGGAGAACUGCUCCACUUCCCACAACGAUGCCUCCGAGGGGCG